CACAGUCCGCAGCUCCAGCAUCAUGGAGAGCAAGUAAGAGCCACGAGGCCCGCCGUGCCUCCAGCCUCCCCUCUUAAAGGGGCAGUGACCCUGCAGCCCAGGAUACAUUACAUUGUGUAUCGCCAUAUAUAUAUACGGGGCGCCAUCACGUGACCUGUACGUAGCCGCCAUGUUGCUGAGCGGCGCCGGAGAUGCUCUGGGCUACAGGAACCAGCUGUGGGAAUACUGUAAGUCGGGGCCCCAGAUCCACAAGGAGCUGCAGGAGCUGGGAGGACUCCACAACCUCGCCGUGUGCCCGCCGGACUGGCCGGUCAGCGACGACACCGUGCUGCACCUGGCGACGGGCGAGAGCCUGGCAACGGGGAAGGUGAAGGAAGAGCUGUACCAGGAGCUGGCCGCCCGAUACGUGUCCGCCAUGACCGACAUGGAGGGGAGGAAGCCGGGACCCACCAGCAUCCUGGGAACCUCCCAGCUGCGUCCCGGAGAACCUGGCGGCUACAAAAUCCUGUUUAACCCCUCGGCGACUGGAUGUGGAGCGGCCAUGAGAUCCAUGUGUAUAGGGCUGAGGUUCCCCCGUCCGUCUGAGCUGCCCAGUCUGGUCGCGGUCAGUGUGGAGAGCGGGAAGAUGACGCACAACCAUCCGACAGGGUACCUGGGAUCCCUGGCCUCCGCUCUCUUCACAUCCCUGUCAGUUCGGAGGGUCCCCCUUGAAGAUUGGGGCUCCCUCCUGCUGGAGACGCUCCCUCUGGCCAUGGAGUACGUGCGUGCGGCAGACGCCGAUGUGGAGCGGCACGUGGAAGCGUGGGAUUAUUUCCGGCAGUCCUGGGAGAGAUACCUGUCGGAGCGGGGUCUUCUGCGGGGGGCCGGUCCGGCCGUGUUCCCAUCUCCCUACAGCGCUGCCGACAGGGAUGUGGAGUAUGGGCGCUGGAGUCUGGACGGCUGGGCUGGGAGGAGCGGUCACGAUGCUCCUAUGAUUGCCUAUGAUGCUCUGCUGGGGGCCCGGGGCUCCUGGGAGGAGCUGUGCAGCAGGGCCAUGUUUCAUGGAGGUGACAGCGACUCCACCGGGGUCAUCGCGGGCUGCUGCUGGGGGGCCCUAUAUGGACUAGCAGGGGCCCCAACAGGAAACCACAGUCACCUGGAGUACAGGGGCAGGCUGGAGGCGGUCGCCCACUCUCUGCACAAGCUAGCCUGGGGGGGCGAACCCUGACCACAGCGGAAGACCCUGGAUCCAAGGAGAAGACCCCUGACAGUUCUGAGACACCCAUCAUACCUGUGUGGCAGAGGAUGAGGGGAGUUGUAGUCGGUGUCCCCAUUCUGUACUGAUUACGUCGUGUGACUAAUAAAAUAUUAAAUUU